GCGUGACCUCGAGCGGAUCGGUCGGUUCGAACGAGCUUAAAUCGGUAAAUCGCGCGUUGAUCAAACUCGCUGCUAAUCAGUGCGCCAGUGUUAUACACGUGAAACCCGGAUUCUCGUCAUCCGUGAGCUCGCGACGUUCCUUCAGUUAACAGGAGCUUUACGGUUGAUAAUCGAAGGUUGCAACCAGGCAACCGAAUCGAAAUCGAUAAAAGGAGGAAGGGGGGGGGGUAGAAUAACAAAUUCCGCGAGGGAGCAGCUGGAAUAGCGCAGGGAUGAGUCUGGGUAUCUACCGGGAAUCAGGAUUCGAUCAUCCCUGACAGAUUGCCAGGCGUUGCAUCAAAAGCCGAAUCGCACCGAUCGAACCUCGGUUGCCAAUAAGCCUAUCGCUCUCCGAGAGAGCCUGCGAGCGAAAUGGACGACGACGACACCGACGAGAAACGAGAGUCGCUGACGCUGAUAAACAAACUGCACAAAGAGUCGAGCACGAAGCUGUUGGUGUCAGCGACGUUCACUAGAAGAAUCGAAGCCAGACAGCAGAGGCAUUCGACGGAGGACUCGGAUACAAUGGAAUGCGCGUCUGAGAACGAAGUCGAGAACAUUUCGAAAGACUCUGACACGCCGGAGCCUCUGGUGACCGACGAGCAUGGCAACAGAAUUUCUGGUAGCGACAGACAUUCUUUAGACGUCCCGGAAGAAGCCGAGUCUCUGCUGGGACGUCACGUGUUGACGAGGACCACUAUAAAAGUGAACGAACAGAAUUUCUCUGGGACCAGGUUGGGACUUUUACACAGGAGUCCACAGUCGUCGUCUAGUCAAGAAGAAUACGAGCCAGAAGUGAAGAGUUUGAUGAAGAUACAAAAGCAGCAUCAGCACCAGCACCAGCAGCAGCAACAUUUAUUGACCACUGGUAGUGCUCAGAUAACUGCCAGGUCUAUGGAGAGCUUGAGGACCUCCAGGAAUUUUCUCAGUGCCGACGAUCGUUACAUCGACGACGCGAAAUCGUUGGAGUCUUUGUCAGAGUCGCACGUGGCCGGUACCAAAGGUCAAUACCGAAGCUUUUUGACAUCCUCCACCAAAGACGUUCGGAGGAUCGUCACGGUGGAGUCGAAGAGCAGCGAUAAUUUACACAGAGAGGAGAGUCUGAACGCCGAGGUGAGGAGAGGCUUAUUCGCGAACACUGGAUUGGAGAGGAAGCUUCCUCAGCAUCUGAGCUUACCGCCCCCUUCGGGCGUCUUCUCGUUGACCAGUCCCGGUGGCAGCGACAGGAAGAUCACUAUACUCAGUCCUCAUUCGCCUAUGCAACCCGCGGAGUUCCAGUUCUCCGCUCAGACCCUCAAGACUAGGCGGAAGAAGGCAGUCGUCUUGCCGAGGUUGGUGUUGCCCAGAAGCGAAUCCGAGGUGUUCUUAGAGUGA